AGACCAGAACCUUAUCAGGCAACGAACGCGACACGUCACACUUGCGCCGCGCACUGCUGCCGAGACAUGGGCGUGCAGCGUCUGCUGAGGCUGAGGAUGGCGUCGCACUCGUGCCCCCACCCCGCCGCCGUGGCGCCGCGCGCCGCGCGCCCGCUCUCCUCCUUCCUCCUCGCCCCCUCGCCGGCCGCCGCGCGCCCUCGGCCCGCGCCCCUCUCGUGCGCGGCGCGGCCGUGCCGGGGCCACGCGGCGGGACGGCGGUUCCCGGGCGUGGCGGCGAUGUCGUCGUCGACCCCGCCGCCGGCGCCCGUGCAGAAGUCGGAGGAGGAGUGGCAGGCCAUCCUCACGCCGGAGCAGUUCAACAUCCUCCGCCGCAAGGGCACAGAGUACCCUGGAACAGGUGAAUACGACAAGUUCUUUGAUGAGGGCAUUUAUGAAUGUGCUGGAUGUGGAACUCCCUUAUACAAAUCAUCUACAAAGUUCAACUCAGGGUGUGGCUGGCCGGCAUUCUAUGAGGGACUUCCUGGGGCCAUAAGACAGACGCCGGACCCUGAUGGGAGGCGGACAGAGAUCACGUGUGCUGCCUGUGGAGGACAUUUGGGGCAUAUAUUCAAAGGGGAAGGGUUUAAAACGCCUACCAAUGAGCGACACUGUGUUAACAGCAUUUCACUCAAGUUCAUUCCAGCCUCAGAGGAAGCCUGACGGCAGAUGAACACCAACGGCAGAAUGGGAGCUUGGCCUUUGUUGGUUGCUUUGACAAUGUAGCCUGAUGAAAGUUGUAAUUCUUCUGAUAAUAUCUGAAUAUGUCUGUAAUUGUGAUGCUUUUCACUUGCAAAUGGUGAUCUUGUCGACAAAUCAAUAAAGCUUCUACUGUAAAUGAUUACAUGUGCAACUCCAGUCUUACUGCUUUAUCUAGGAGGUGCAAACAACAGUACAUGUCACACUUAUUCGCACGUCUGAAUGUGCCUGUAACUGUAAUGCUUUAUCAGUAAUUUUUAGUCGCAAGUGGUGAUCUUGUCGACAAAUCAAUAAAGUUUCUGCUGUAAAUGAUUA